AUGGCUAAAUCCGACCCCAAAGCUAGCGCUAUCGAGCCUGUCCAGGUGACGCAGGCCAGCCAGAUAGCUGGGUCUAACGCGGAGAAGGGCCGUCGUGUGUCCGACGCCGUGCCUGAUCUGAACGCCAAUGUCGAAGCAAAGAUCAAGAACCCCCUCGCUGGCAUCCCGAAGCAUGAACUGAUGAAGCAGGUUGACGAGUUUGCCCACGAGAGAGGCAUGGAAGAGCACGCUCAAAUCCUCCGCAAGGGCGCUUUGGUUGCCCAGGAUCCGUCGUCAUAUGAGGACAUCUCCGGUCCCGAGAAGCUUGACCAGGAGGAAAUCGAUGCGCUUCAAAAGGAGGUCCUCCACAAAUGGCGGGUACCGAGACUCCUCUACCUCACCAUCAUCACCUGCUCCAUCGGCGCUGCCGUCCAGGGUUGGGAUCAGACAGGCAGCAAUGGCGCAAACUUGUCGUUCCCUACCGUCUUCGGCAUUGGCGACAAGGAUUCCCAGCGCGAUACCUAUCUCGUCGGACUGGUCAACUCGGCUCCUUACAUCGGUAGCGCCUUCAUCGGUUGCUGGAUCUCGGAUCCCCUGAACUACUACCUCGGCCGCCGAGGUGCCAUCUUCUUCGCCGCCCAUUUCUGUCUGUGGCCUGUCAUCGGCAGCGCCUUCACCCAGACAUGGGAGCAACUGUUAGCUUGUCGACUGCUCAUGGGAAUCGGAAUGGGAGCAAAGGCCAGCAGCGUACCCAUCUUCGCCGCCGAGAACUCGCCCGCAGCCAUCCGAGGAGCAUUGGUCAUGUCCUGGCAGUUGUGGACCGCCUUCGGCAUCCUCCUCGGCACCUGCGCCAACCUAGCAGUCGCAAAGACUGGGUCGAUCUCGUGGCGCCUACAGCUGGGGAGCGCAUUCAUCCCUGCCGUCCCACUGCUGAUACUGAUUUAUCUCUGCCCGGAGUCGCCACGAUGGUAUAUGAAGAAGGGCCGAUAUGCGGACGCGUUCAAGUCGCUCUUGCUGCUCCGAAACAACCCUAUCCAGGCUGCCCGGGAUUUGUACUAUAUCCACGCACAGCUUGAGAUUGAGAAGAGUGUCAUUGGCAACAGCAACUACAUCCAACGCUUCAUCGAGCUGUUCACCAUUCCCCGUGUGCGACGUGCGACACUCGCUUCUUUCACCGUUAUGAUCGCUCAGCAGAUGUGUGGCAUCAACAUCAUCGCCUUCUACUCGAGUACCAUUUUCGAGGAGGCUGGAACGACCGCUUUUAACGCCCUCCUGGCCUCGUUCGGCUUCGGCAUGGUCAACUUCCUCUUCGCCUGGCCGGCCAUCUGGACCAUCGACACGUUUGGCCGGCGUUCGCUGCUGCUCUUCACCUUCCCCAACAUGGCCUGGUCGCUGCUGGCCGCGGGCCUCUGCACGCUCAUCCCCGGAAAGGGCGGCGCGCACAUGGGCCUCGUCGCGCUCUUCGUCUACAUCUUCGCCGCCUUCUACUCGCCCGGCGAGGGCCCCGUGCCCUUCGCCUACAGCGCCGAGGUGUUCCCGCUCUCCCACCGCGAGGUCGGCAUGGCGUGGGCCGUGUCCACGUGCCUCUUCUGGGCCGCCGUGCUGUCCAUCACCUUCCCGACCAUCCUGGCCUCCCUGGGCGUCCUCGGCGCCUUCUGCCUGUACGCCGGCUUCAACGUCGUCGCCCUCGCCAUGAUCUUCUUCUGGGUGCCCGAGACAAAGCAGCGCACGCUCGAGGAGCUCGACUACGUCUUCGCCGUCCCCACCAGCAUCUUCAUGAAGUACCAGCUCACCAAGUCCCUGCCAUGGUUCGUCAGGCGCCACAUCCUCCGCCGGAAGGACGCCGUGCUCGAGCCGCUGUAUCGAUUUGAUGAGGCCGGUCAUGUGAGUGACGGUAACGGCCGUGAUAAGGCCGGCUCAGAGGACAAGUUUGAGGACGUGACGCCAGAGGCCAAGGUUGCUGACGUCUCAAGACCCUAA